GAGAAGAGCACCAACAGAAAAAAAAAUCAUGACUCCAGGGUGAUGCGUUUCGUUUCGUGGCCGGUUCGAUGUGCGUAUUUCGCAUUUUCUUUCAAGUUUUAAGUGUGCUAAUACGGAUGAAAGUGCUAGAUUUUGAUUUGAAUUGAUUCAUGGUUGAAUAAAAGUAAAACGUGUGUAAACAAAAGCGAUUACGAAGCAUAAAACGAGUUUCAAAAGUGGUGGAUGAUCUACGCCAUUUCAAGAAGUCGAGAAUCUUCUUGGUUGUGUUCGUUUUGGGAGCAUCUUACUACAUGGACAAGGAAUGGUUAAAGUUUCAAGGUAAACCAAAAUCCGGAAGCGAUUGAUAGAGAAAAUUCGGCUUCAAUAUGACCGACUCCGAAAGUCCUUCGAUUACGGAUAAAAGUAGCCGAAAGUCGGCUACUUAUUCGAUUCACUCCCUCGAGGAUGUUCCAAUAAGGAAAAGUGCAGUUCAAAUCAUCAGAGAGCGCAAUGUAGAUUUAAUCCAGCCAGGCUCGCCUAGUAAGAAAGGGAACAUGCAAAUCACAAAGUUAGUGCUCAAAGAUCCACCCAAAAGUCCCCCUCGCAAGGUGGCUACCCCAAUGGUAAUAAAGUCCAUAAGAACAUUUACCAGUUCGGCAUUGACCAAUGGUAAUGGUCUUGCUGGUGAAAUUUCUGCAAGCAUCACGAAAAGCAAUAAAGACGAAGGACCGGAAAUGGCGGAAAAACGUGAGAAGUAUAAGAUAAUUCCGCUUCUCGUCCCGGGAAGGUCCCUGGUUGAACAGUUUGAAUCUAGGAAAAAUGAACGAGUUGAAGUCGGAAACGAGUUUCAAAAGUUUCUGGUUCAAAGUCUCAACCAAAAAAAUGCCGUUGUGAAUGCCAUAGAAACUGCAAAAGCUUCAACGGUUUCUCAUUCAAGUGAAAACAGCAGCACAAACGAAGUGACCCAGCAGAGUCAAAUGGAGCCAAAAUCAUUAAAAUUGGCCAACAGUAAACAUACAUCUUCUGCCACUACAAUGACCUCAAGCUCCUCCGAUGGUAAAAGCAAUACUAAUUCCACAGCUUCGGCUCCAGUUGUAACGAAACAUACAAAUCAAUCGGAAAGCAAAUCUGACAAAGUUCCGGAAAUGCCACUCAAACAGGUGCAGCCGAGGCGUCCUUCCCGCCCUGUUUCGAAAGAAAGCCUGAAACGUGAACCGGAACCAGUGCCGAAGAAGGAAAAGUCCUACGAUCCUCAAAAAGCACGAGAGUUUAUCAAAGAACAACAGGCCAAGAGGAAACUAUUGAAGAAACCUGAACCUACCGCAGCUGACAAAGAUGCGAUCAAAAAGCGUUUGGAUGAAUUGCGCAAAAGCACGCAGAUUUUGGUAAACAAAAACGUUCAGAAAGCUAGAAAACGAUCGCUAUCAUCGGCGGCUGCUCCAUCGACGACGUCUGCCGAUAAAGCAAGCCGGAAGUCCUCUGCUAGUGCAGCUCCAUUUAAACCGGUUGCCCCAGCUAAACCGCUCCGCAAAACUGUGUCUACUCCCUCUUUGGAUUCUGCGAUAAAACGAGAACAAUCGAAUGAACCGUCCAGGCAAACUUCGGCGACAAGCGGACAAAGUAGGAGGCGUUCAGCUUUGUUGAAGGCCGACUUUUCCGAAAAGAUGGGUAUUAUGCGGAAACCCGAAGAGGUCGCAUUGGGUGAUGUAUUGCUAAGUCCCUUGAGAAUGAAAACACCUACAUCACCGGUGAAACAGCCGAGUAUAGUUAGUCCUAAAAAGACCACAAUACCAGAUAACGACGAUAAUAUUGUUCUCGGGAUGGGAUGUUCUAAGCAAAACAUUGAACGAGAGUUGAAAUUAGACGUUCCGAAUUUAACUCUUAUGCCGGAAGUAUUGGUUCAACCACAGGAAGUUCAAAAUGAUCGAAAAGAGUUUAAAACGAUACCACCUUGGCUAAAACACACCCUUUUACAACCGGACCCAUAUCCAUUCAUUGUGGCGGUGAGGAAAAAACUUGAAGCAAUCAAACAACUCAACGCAAACGACGUGCCUCAACCUGAAGAAUCAAUCAUCGCUAAAAGCCCUAUUCCGAAGGCGCAGGAAAUUGCCAAUAAUCAGAAGUGUGUUCAAUACCUGGAAGCCCUUAAUUCCGUGCCUUACAUCAAUAAACCUGCACCAGACGUUAACGAAUCUCACAAUAAAUGCAUCUCCUCCAUUUCCCUGCAACCUUCGGAAUCGAACACAACGUCGGAAAUCAGUUCCAUCAAAUCAGACUUUGUGCUUCCGCUGCCGCCGCUCAGUAGCACCAAAAUUGAUUCUUCUAUUCCAAAAGAUUCUAGCAAAUAUCAUCACGAUCCGUUUCUUGGACCUAUCAGCCCGCUAUCAGUCGAUCGUAUUUCAAAUUUGAAAUUGACUGUAAGCGGUUCGCAACUCCUGGAACGUUCUGUCAACUUUCACCGUGGCUCGAAUCUCCCGGGAGUCGAUACCAACCCUGAUUGUGUGUCAUUUGAAAGCGAAAAUAUUCGACAGGAACUUCGACCGCAUCAGGUUCAUUUGAAUCAGGCUGAAGAGCGACACCAACUUAUAAGAAAGUCAACUGCAAACGGAGGUAACAAAUCUAACAAAGAGUUGGAAUAUCAAAAAAUGUUGGAAGCUUUCAACCGCAGUUUGUCACGAGUUAUUGAAGUAAAUCAACAACUGUAUACGGCUCUCCAGAAGCCACCGGAUGGCGGACGUGUUAAAAUUCGCGACGAAAUGACACAAACAACACCGAUGAAUUCCUUCAAAAACUCUACAGGGACCACUUCCAACUAUAGCGAGGACUUCGAACGAACUCAAACUCAACAAACUGAACCAUCAACAACUUUACAGCCGUCAACGGAACAAAAAAGCAAUGAUCAACAGGAAAAAUCACCUAACGAGAAUUCUUCAACUACGGGAACAUCUGAUCAAACUACCAGCUCCGAACACAGUCCGGAUGGAAGUCCUAGUAAAACUUCCACCAGCGAGUCCCAACUGACCAAUUCCAGAUCGUUUAGCUUGUCCGAUAGCCACAACACAAACCCACCACCCCCAGAGGAAUAUCUGCCUUCAUUUGAAGAAAGUCUUCGACGCUACCAAUCGGAACCGCCCAAAUCACCCUCACUGCCACAGAAUAAUACCUCUAGCAUCGAGACAGAAAUCAGCGAGGAAAUUCUUUCCGGUGGAUUAAAAGUUCUUAGGGAAUCGCACCUUGAGUCGAAAAGUAUCGAAUCCUUGAAGAUGGUUAUUUGUGGACCAAAUGAAAAUCCCGCGGACGAUCUAACGGAUGCAAACGACCAAAAAGACAGCAUCGAAUUCAUCAAACCGCCUCCCCAUGAACUUUCGCAGUCCAGUUCGGAGCAAGACGAAACGGUCACCUCGGAACAAGCGCUACAACAGAAGCCAGUAGCUGGUGAAUUAGUUUCGGCUUCAUCUUUUGCGAUGGAUACCACCAUGGGCAGCGACAUCAUGGCCAUAUUUAACCGAACCGAUCUGGAGGUGUCGAUCCUGUCCGCGACGAUUUCCGAAACCAAUGUGAGCUACUCGUCCAUUGGAUUGUACGACCAACUGAUCCAAAACGAACAAUCCAAGGGGGAUCAACUGACAUCCCGUGCCCGAAUCAAAGAAAAGGCACUGAUGAAUCGUGCCAAGGGUCAGCUGGCAUGGUUGGAGCUUCAGAAGCAACGCUAUCGGGAACGCGGCAUGAUGGAACAAAUCUCCGUCAUCAAGAAGAAACAACGUGCCGUCCUAGUUCGCUUAGAAAAGGAACGUUCCGAAUUGAAUAAAUUCAAACAACGCCAUCAGCAGUCGCCGAACUCCCAUUCUACUUUGGACAAGUUAAACUCGCUACCAUCAUCCAACGAUAGAUCCGAUCUAUCAAUAAGGAAAUCGAGCAGUUCGGGUUCAGAUAGGCGAGUUGCAUCGUCUAUCGGAAAGCAUCAACAGCAUCAUAGGAGAAUAACUACGAGGACCACAACGACGACCACGUUCAAUUCACCAUUGGCACUGAAAAAAUCGGAACAGCAAGUGUCUCAGCUUCAGUUAUCGGCAGCAGUGCGAGGGAUUGAGCUUGAACCAAGUGAAAAACUUGAAAAUAUACUUCAGCGACGAGAGGAAGAACUCAACAAACGACGCCAACAUGUGCAGGCCCUACUUGAUUGGCACCAGAAGCUGGACCGGGAAGAGCAGGAGCUAUUGGACAUCGAACGUAGUUUGUUGCAGUUCAAUCAGCGCAAACUAGUGGUGCCUUCGACCACCGCGGUUGAAUCGAAUGCUGCAAUGUUAAACCGGAUUCGAAGCAUCGAUCAGAGCCUCCAGACCCUGCAGGCAAUACCGGUGAAAGAUUCAGGGGCUCACAGUGGCGGAGGUGAUAGUGAAACGACAAGUGGCGAUGAUAAGGUGCAGGCCUACGGAAACAAGUUAAACCGAUUGUGGUACCGGUUGACAGGAAUCAAGGAAGCUCGUUAUGAGCCAGGUAGAAGUUAUAGCUUGACAAAAUCUAGCUUGGAGCGGUUGUACGAAGAUGCAAAACUUCGCGUUUUGGAAGGCUUCCGUGAGAAUCAAGAUAUGCGAAAGGUUCUUUUGGAGCAAUCGGUUGCAGGUUUAAAUAGUAGCGAUAGUUUUGACAAUAACGUGAGCAUUAACAGGUCCAAAAAUGAAACCGAAGUACAUUUGUCGGGUGGAAGCACAAGUGAAACUAGUUCGUUCAAGACAACUGUUGAUUCCUACGAGUCGGUUAAGGCGAUCGAUUCUAAGGAUAAUCAAGUAUCCAUUGAAGAACCCGUGAAAGAAGUUUCGGAAGAACUAGUUGAAGAUGAAAAGAAUAGCGUUAUAGACGUGCAAGAAAUUAUCUCCAGGGUAAGUGACAUAACUGAGAAUAUCAAUUGUAUUCUUUCUUCGACGACUCAUAUUGAAGAGCUACUUCAAACUGAGCAAGAAAAACUGGCCACUGAUUCAGUUGAGUUCCAUACAACUGUGGAAGAGUCGGAGUUGGGAUGCCGUGAGCAAAUGGCCACUUUCAGCUACACAAGCUCGUUCGAUGAGCCAACCCAUACCGAAUUUGGUAAUGAAACUAAGGAAGCGGAAGAAUCUCAACCCUUGAUAGAAGACAUUUCGCUACCACCUUUGAUGAAUGAUUCUUUGCUAAGUGAAGCUAACUCGCAAUCAACGGAUCGAAUUUCGGAAGAUAUUGUGGACGAAAUUUCUUUAGAAGAAAUCACUUCGGGUUCUUCAUCUGCUUCAACUCCAACCACUGCAGAAGAAACUGAAACGGAACAUUAUGUUCUGUCGAUUGAAAAAGCAUCUUCCAACCUUAGUGUACCACAAACAUCUGACCUUGAGAAAAGAUUAAUUUGUUUGAACGAUAGCCUCGGGGAACUUAACGAAACAUUGGAGAGAUCUCCUUUAAUGCGAUCUCCAGAGAUACCAAAAGAAGCUAGAAAAUUGAGUUCUGAGAGCGAUAACGCUUCAGUUUCUAACCCAGAAGAUGAGUACUCUUCUGACAAAGAUUUUUUAGCCGAUGAUCGAAAAUCUUCCACAGAAAGUGUCGACGGUAAUUCUCUUUUAGGCGAAACCCAAAAUUCCAAAUCCCCCAAACCCGACGAUGAAAAUGGUAGCGAAGUACAGAAAAAUGAAAUUAAAAUGCGACACAAAAACGUUAAUGAAAAUUUCCCCCACAUUAAUGUAGCAUCCACAAGCUCUUCUUCCUCUACCUAUCCCUAUCUAACGCCUCCAGCUCAUGGUCCCAGCACAUCCGGGACCGCAUCGAUCGCCACUAAUCGAAUGCCAGAUAUCAUUAACGAAGCCGAAGUACUUCGAAGGCAGCAACUUCAGAUCGAACAGGAGAUUAAACAACUUGAGCAACAAGUUGUAUUUUUCCGAGAAAUUCCCAACAAGCCACCCCCUCCUUACAUUCCGCCUGCUAACGGAAGUCCACUGGCUCUUAUUUUCCCAUCAGAAGCACGAAUCGAUGAGCUGAUCAAUUCUCGUACUCAGUUGUUAUUCAACGAACAAACACCACUAGAAUCUAUCAAUUCAGACCAUGUCACCAACAUCUACGAAAAGCUUAUCCUGGAUAUGUGUACCGAACUGUACUGCGAUGUGCGUUCCUCCCCACCGGACGUUUCCUUUCGCACCGUGCAGUACGAAAAACGACCUUUAGCUUUUUUUAACCCGCCCGAUCCACUUCGCUGUCUUCAGAAUCACAUGAAAACCCGAAUCAAAUGCAUUCUCAACGAGGAAAACCUGCAACAGCAGCAGCAACAACAGCACUGUACGCUGCCAUAUCUGGCCUUUGCAAACGGUGGCGGAGGAGCCGGAAAACGCAAACGGGAUCAGGUGGACGAAAUCCUUGCCCAGGAAAUGUUUGACGAGGAGGCUCGCUGGGUCAACUUCGAUCGGGAGGAAAUCGAGGUCAAGGAACGAAUAGUGGCCGAAAUCGCCAAGAUGCUGGUGAACGACGCGGUGCAAUCGAUGGAAGCGGCCUGGCGGGACAAAAACGGUGCCGCCCUCGCUGCUACCUUACUGGAACAAAAGGUACAGCAAAGUGAACUCUAGUUUUGACGGUUGGAGGUCUGCGUGGGGAUCGAUUUGUUAACACAUAAAAUUGAAUGUGAUGACUGAAAGUGCAUUUCAUUUUUAUACUUAUGUACUUUGAACUACACCAUUCAGGUGUAGACUUUUAAAUAUUCUGACUGUUGAACAAUAUUCGUUGCAUUUUAUACACCUAGGCAUCUAAGUAUUACUCUAGUACAUAUAUAGAAAGCAAUAAGCACUGACAUGUGAAAGUAGCAUGUCGUGUAUUUUUAGAUUUUGCUCAAUAUUUACUCUUAAGUAAUUCUUAUGAACCGUGAAAUGUUGUCGACGAUUGAUUUUUUUUUACGCCUAGCUGAAUAAACACAAGCAUGUAAGUAGCUAACAUAUAUUUGAAUAAACAUAUCAUUAAAAAUUGAAGUUGCUAUUCACGGUGUUUCGUUUAAAUUACAUUUGUUGGAUUUUUUAGGCACUAGAAAUGCAUUGAAUUUUGGGAUCUGAUGGUAUUUUUAAAAUAAAUGUUUUGGGCUUUCACUCAAAAUUAUGUUGAUUCACAAAUGUUUUCAGCGUCACAAAAAAUAAACUUUUACUCAAACUUACCAUUUAGAAAAUCAUUUUUAACUAUUAGGGAAAACUCCGUGCGACGAUGAAAAAUUCCUGAUGCAAUGAAUGAAUGUGUUCAUUAUUUUUUCCACAAUGCCGUUUCUUUUAUU